UUGAGUGAGUGAAAUGUCAAAGAGGUGACUGAUGGCUUCGUCAGCAGCAAGGACAGAUGUCGGCCUCCAACGUUUACACCCUUAAAAGACGUCUUCAAAGGUCCCCUCGGGGUCUCACUGACUUUUUUUUUCCCAACACCAAUCCAUCUCUCAGACACGGCAUUACAUGAAAUUAUAGAGUUAAAAGAAGUUCUCCUCCCACUCAGUGUGGAAGUGGCCCCAUGACUUGCACACUCCUAGCGACGUUCCACCCUUGAGCUGGACUCCAGCUGGAUCCUCUUGUUGGGGAUGUCGGAGCACAUUCACUGACACGCCGAAUGCAACAGUUUGAAACCUGCUCCACCUCCACCUACAGGACUUAAGUGGAACAGCUAACAGUCAGUCGGAGUCUCUUCAGGCCGUCCUUGGAUGUGUAUGCGAUAGAGCACACGCCAGAGAAGGAAAGUGGGGGGACUGCAGUACACGCAGGGUCUGGAUGAAUAACCAUGGCAACAGCAGCAGCAGCAGCAGCAGUCGCGGCAGCAGUGCAAGCCGAGAUAUAAACAUUGCACAAGAGCGCAUCCAUCUGCAUUUACUCACUGGAUGGUCUCACUUCCUGGAUCAUUGCUAAGGUGAUGAGUGGGAUUAUAUCAUGUCUGAAGUACAGGGAACACUGGAGUUUUCCAUAGAGUUGCACAAGUUUCACAAUGUGGAUCUUUUCCAAAGAGGGUUCUACCAGGUACGAACAGGGUUAAAGGUCUCCCCUCGAGUCCCCCACAGGUUGAUAGUGACAACACAUGAUAACACAGGAGGCGAUUGCAGCUUCAGCUCCCCGGGGGUGUACGACGGCACGGCGUUCAGCCGGAUAUUUCAGAUCCUUUACAGAAACGAGGAUAUCACGGUGAAUGACUGUGUGAUCUUCAAAGUGCACCUGUUAUUGGACGGGGAAAGGGUGGAGGAGGCCCUCAGCGAGGUGGACUUCCAGUUGAAGCUGGAUCUUCACUUCACUGACAACGAGCAACAGUUGGCAGACAUUGUGGCCGUCCCGUUGAUCAGCAGUCGCACCCUCAACCUCCACUUCCACCCGCAGCAGGGCCUGCACCAUCAUGUUCCUGUCAUGUUUGACUACUUCCACCUGUCCGUCAUUUCCGUUUCCAUCCAUGCCUCACUGGUUGCCUUACAUCAGCCGCUAAUCAGCUUUGCUCGCACAGGAAAGGGAUCCUGGUUGGGAAAAGGAUCACCUGAAAGUACCAGCGAUCCGUCUGCCAUCUCUGUGGAGAACCUUGUAUUUGGAGCAGGCUACUGCAAACCCAUCAUCUCAGAGGGGAGUUUUUAUGUGCCCAGUGAGGACUGCCUGCAGAGAGCUCAUACGUGGCAUCGAAGGCUCUGUCGCCUCCUGCUGGCCGCCCAUGGCGGCCUGAGAAGAUACUACACUGCACUGAUGAAGGAGGUCCCUCAGCUGGAGCAGAAGUCAGAGGACGCAGAGGUCCUGCCUAUUGAAGAAACAUUGAAUCAGCUCACAAUCGAGUUACAGCUGCAGGAUGGCCACGAGAAGGUGGCGGAGCAGAUCAGCAGGGACGUGGGCUACUUCUGUUCGCAGCUUGCCGCUUUGUGGAGCCACUUCCUGGAGGUGGCCGUCCUCAACCCACACAUCCUUUCCUAUCUGGCCCAGGAGCACCACACGCUCAGGGUGAGGAGAUUUUCCGAGGCGUACUUCUUCACCGAGCACCCCAAAGAGACGUCUCUAACGUUUCAAGAGGAGCUUAUCACCAGACAAGGUCAGGUAGCUGCAGAAGUACGCGCCUCCGACUACUUGGCCAAGAUGCCUCCUUUACCCGUCGAGUGCCUGGACAUUGAUGGUGACUGGAACAGUCUGCCCAUCAUCUUUGAGGACAGAUAUGUGGAGUUGACUUUACCAGAGCGGGGGGCGGUUUGCGCAACAUCCGAUGAGCAAAACGACUCGGAUCCUGCAGCCAGGCGGACCCCAGAAAGAGAUAAAUCCCCUAAAGUAUCACAGGAUCCGUUGGAUGGCGAUGACUGCAUGGAUCUGACCACCUAUGUGUCGCUUAUAGCAAAGCAGAGCAGAAGUUCUCAGGACAUUCUUGCAAGGGAGGAGCUAUCUGUAGCAGAUCUGCAGGAUUCCAAAGUGGUCUCGUCAGCAGAGGAGAACUGUACUUCUCAGGCUAUUGAUUCUUGUAGAACAGAAGAAGUCCAAAAGGGCAUCAGUAAUGGUUCUCCAGCUCAUCUUGGUGCAGGAAUGUACGACGCCACAAAAGAUAGCAUGAGCCAAAGGAGUGAGGACAAUGAGUCCGAUAUGUCCAUGCCUUUAAAUCAGUCUGUAGAUGAUGAGAGUGAAGAUGCACCGGUGAGUAUUCCUCUGGUUUGUCAGCACUCUGCUUUAUCUUCAUCCCCCGGUGGUCUCAGAAAAGAGACGCCGCACCGAGGAGGUCCGGUUAUCUCAAAGAUCAUCAAGCGUUCCUCCUCAGUCAUAUCCGACUCAGGCAUCGAGAGCGAGCCCAGCUCUGUGGCUUGGCCGUCGGAGGCUGCGCUACGAAGUCGCCCCCCUUUGGAUUUCUCCAGCGAACGGGAGAUCCCGCGCCAAAAAGUGCUCGUGCACCCCGUUCAUCGUAGCUCCUUGGAAGGCCUGCAGAUGGAGAGCAACGGCAGCCUUCCAAGUGGAGGCAUACAGGCGUCGUUGACGUCCAUAAGCUCGCUUCCUUACGAGGACGACCGCGAGCAGAGUCAAGGCAAACUAACCAAAUCCGUGUCGGCGCCUCAGAUCAGCAGCCCCGACGACAACGAUGAGGACCAUCUGCUUCUGCAAAAGGACACAGGUCAAGAUUCAAAUCAAAUCAACUUUUCUUUGCACUCAGAGCGGCCGGAAUCAUCGCUUUUGACCACCUCAGAGGUGGUCAAUCCUCAACAAAAUGGACUGGAGAGAUACACCGACAGUCAAGUGUUCCUUCUUCACGAGUCCACGGAGGGCCCUCAUGUCAAGGAGAGUUGUGUUAUGGACCGUCCUGAGGAGAAUAUGAGUGUCUCCGUGGAGGACGUACGUCUCGCUGCAUCGGAAACACCGCCCUGCAGCAGUGGACACCAGCCAAGUGUCCAUAAAAGAAGUCGAGUGGACCAGGAGAGCCUUAACAGCGUAGAUGACCAGGAGCCCAGGACACCUCCUGAAUUUGACUCUAUAGGAUCCUCACAAGGUUGCGAUGACGCUUCAGAAGUCCAGACGAAGCCCCCGAAGGUCCCCAACUCCGGUCUGGCCUUUGUCAAUAAGAAGAUGGUGGAGGUGGUCAACAUGUCAGUGUCCUGCGCCCCCACCUGUUUGCCUUUUUCCUCUGUUCUAAGAGACUCCCCGUCCAUCAGCGGCAUGUCCACGCGCCAGACUACCUCACCCAUUACCCAUCAGCCACUGGGCUCUUUUGGCAUCAUCUCCUCAAACCUCGCCAGCCACCUCAGCAUGGACGAGGAGACCAAUGAACGCAUGAUCAGCUUCUACAAAGCCAAAGACGAGCUUUUUCAGGGGAUGAUGAGCUUUCACGCCAGCCUGUACAGCAACAUUCCUCUGCUGGCAUCAGACCUGCCCUACUUCCCUCCCGAGGAGGACGAUGAGGAGUUUGAUGAUGGCAUACACCUGGUGGUGUGUGUGCACGGCCUUGACGGAAACAGCGCAGACCUUCGCCUGGUGAAGACGUUCAUUGAGUUAGGCCUGCCAGGAUCGAGGCUGGACUUCCUCAUGUCGGAAAGAAACCAGACUGACACGUUUGCUGACUUUGACACCAUGACGGACAGAUUGUUGGAUGAGAUUAUUCAGCACAUCCAGCUGUAUAAUCUGACUAUAGGCAGGAUAAGCUUCAUCGGACAUUCUCUGGGGAACAUCAUCAUCCGCUCGGUGCUGACCAGGCCUCGCUUUCGAUGCUAUCUGGCUAGGCUGCACACUUUCCUCUCGCUGUCAGGCCCGCACCUGGGAACGCUUUACAACAACAGCACCUUGGUCAGCACAGGUCUGUGGUUGAUGCAGAAGCUGAAGAAAUCCGGAUCCUUGCUGCAGCUCACCUUCAGAGACCACGUUGAUCCGCGCAAAACAUUCCUUUACCUCCUCAGCCAGAAACCAGGGCUCCAGUUCUUCAAGAACGUGGUGCUGGUGGCCUCUCCGCAGGACCGUUACGUUCCUUUCCACUCUGCCAGGAUCGAGAUGUGCAAAACCGCACUGAAAGACAAAACCACAGGUCCCGUCUACACGGAGAUGAUCAACAACCUCCUGCAGCCUCUUGUGGAGGCUAAAAAUUGCCGUCUCAUCCGGCAGAACGUUUUCCACGCUCUGCCCAACACGGCCAACACUCUCAUCGGGCGGGCCGCUCACAUCGCGGUUUUGGACUCUGAACUUUUCCUGGAGAAGUUCUUCUUGGUGGCGGGACUGGACUACUUCAAAUAACGUCUUCCAGGUCCGGAAGCUUGCAAAAGUGGCCCAGACCAUCAACACUACCACCACCAUAUUUUACUGUUGGUGAAGACACCAGAGGUUGCCUCCAAGGCUCCUUUCUGGCCUAGGAAGUUGAGAAAACCUGCACGGAAAAUAUUUUCAAGCAAUAUUACCCCUACAAUACAUGGAGGACCCACCUCUUCUACCGCUAGUGGUUUAUCCUCAUGUGUAUGUGAGUCAAGUGAAAAUGAACACACUUCUUACACAUCCAGGCGGAGAAAUGUACUCCACAUUCCUGGAACCCGCUCAUGGCCCAGUUGUUGACAAUCUGCGAGAAUUACCAAGUCUCAUCGUGUGUUUUAUUUCACACUUGGCUUGCUAUAUAUCUCACCGAGCGAGAGGGACCUCCUACUCAUCAGAGCUCCACGCCGGGCGAAAAUGUUAUGCAAAUGUUCCCGUGGAAACCCAGAAGAGGAGAAGCUUCAGUCACUUCUUCAGCUAGUUAUCUUUUACAAAUAGGAAAAAAAAGGGGCAAAAACUAUACUAGCUUGGCAACAAAACCACCACGCACACACACCAAUAUUGAAAAGGUGAUACAUCUGGUUUGCUUUAGUCCAAACUUCAUCCACGAGGGACACAUCUCGGCGUUGCGGUGAUUAGUAUGGAAAGAAGUUUAAGAUAUCAUGUGAAGGUUAUCCAUUCAUUGGCUUCUUCCCCGGGGGUGCUACACACAACUGCCAAGGUCAUUCGGCACCACGCCGUUGAGGACUUCUCACCUCGGAAAGCAAAUGAGCGGCCCGGUGUCAUCUUACAUCGGAGCGUGAUGGCUUUCAUGUUCUCGCGGGCUCGCAUCCUGCUGUCAGACGUCGGGCAGUAAGACGCGGAUAAAUGCCACAAGAUAGAAACAUUCGCAAUUGAUGCUAGGUCACGCUUUCCUGUGAUGUUGUUUUAUUUUAAGGAUGAUGCCCUAACCUCUUUAGUAAGCAUGAUUUAGUGAGCUUAAAUUGACUCUGCAGCCGUGUGUGCACCAGUAAAUUGAUGGAAAAAAAACUACUUUGGAAAUCAGGAGUAACUUUUACACUCAUCAGAAAGUUGAUAUAAAACACUGAUUGCCUGUUGCCUGGCUCCUGUAUAAUACCAGAGACAAAAAAAGAUAAAUAAUAAUUUGUUUAUAGUUCAUUUGUAAUAAUAAUAAUAUAAACAAUAGUAUAAAUUAAUAUAUAUAUGAUAAAUAAUAAUAAUAAUAUAUGAAUAUGCAUAUAUUCCAGCUGUAUUUCCUUUGAUUUGUGCUUCCCGCCAAAACGGUCUGUUUUAAUUUAUUCCCCCCACGGCCCGCCCAAAGUGCUUCCUAACCACAAAAAAAAUCACCAAAGACAAUAACGUCUGCCUGAGCUUGUUUCGUAAACCGAGGAGUGGAGCUUGUGGGAGGACAAAGAGCUUAUCUGGCUUACAGUCACGUCCAUAUAAGGAAGUCCACCCCUCUGUGACAUCACAAAUGGACAGUUUUACCACGCCUUCUGAAACCGAGUAUUUUGAGCCAGCCCAAACUUCUUUCAAAUACGCAAACCUUAUUAUCUGAAACUUGGUUUCAUGGUUUACACAAGAAUACAACAUUCUAACUACAUUUAUAGCUCAGAAAAGUGGGAAAAGCAUAAUAGGUCCCCUUUGACUCAGAUUUUAGUGUAGCUUAGCUUUAGUGUUACUAUAUUUUAGGUUUAAUGUGGAGUUUGCAUGUUCUCCCCGUGCAUGCGUGGGUUUUCUCCAGGGACUCCGGUUUCCUCCCACAUUCUAAAAACAUGCUAGGUUAAUUGGCCACUCCAAAUUGUCCAUAGGUAUGAAUGUGAGUGUGAAUGGUUGUUUGUCUAUAUGUGCCCUGUGAUUGGCUGGCCACCAGUCCAGGGUGUACCCCGCAUCUCGCCUGAAUACAGCUGGGAUAGGCUCCAGCACCCCUGCGACUCUCGUGAGGAUAAGUGGUAGAAAAUGAAUGAAUGAAUGUGCCCAGCUGCUCAAAGACAGCUGGGAUAGGCUCCAGCAUACUCCUACGGCCCUAAUGAGGAUAAGCGGUAUAAAAAGAGAAUGUAUGGAUGGAGUAGAGGACACAUUUAAUACUGUAUUUAACUCAUUCAAUCAGUAGGUAUGUUUCGCAACGUGAAUAAUGAGGACUUCAUAUUGUGUAGUGGAGGUCUGUGCAGGUCUCGUCGCGCUUUGACGGCCACCUACUGCGGACAUCAUUGGGCAUGACGUGGCAUUAUCACCUUGUUAGUCAUCAAACCGAUUUGUCCCCACCUCCUAAUGUGUUGCUUAUCGUAAACACGGUAACAUGGAGGCCAAAGGCGACGUGAACUCACACGUCUCUGAAAUUGCACUGACAAGCGUUCUGACAUCAUCGGCACCUCCCAUUAACGGACGACAACUCUGCAAAACCGGAAAGCAUAUGCGCCGAUCUUUGCCCUUUUGACCCCCGCAGCUACCUGCGGAUACACAGCAAUGAGAAAAAGCCAAGACAACAGCAGCGGGGCAGUUUCAUUUCUAACACACCAUUUGCAUAAUUGAGCAGAUUGUCUGCCAUUCGUAUUAAUAGAAAGUGGCAGUUCUUAAAAUGAGAGAUUUUAUGGGGUGAGUCAACCUUUAACGAGCCAAUUGCACUAUGCAAAAACGGCCACCUGUACCCUCGGCAAACAAGACAAUUUCCCAUCAGUCGUUUGUCUCCCAAGCAGUCAUUGAGAUUAAAUGAGCCUUAUUUGUCAUCAGUGACAAAAUGUAAGGCACAUAAGGGGGGAGGCCCAAGGGGGGGUCCCUUUGAUGAAGUCAAACUAAACAGAGUCCACUCUAGCUUGCAUUGACAGUGACGUGCAGAUUAAUAAACCAUGGCAGCCAGCAGGGUGUCGCAUAUCAACGACGCCACAAAGGCCCAAUAAAGCAACCUGCACCAAUAAAGCUGUCCAACACCAAUUUAAUGUGACUGUUUUUCACAGGAUAUGUUCCAGAGAUGUAGCAAUAUUUUGAAAAUAUUGGUGUUUCUUUUAAGCAUGACAAACAUGUCGUUCAUAUCAAUAUAGACUGGAGUUGCACUGUUCUCUGGUAUCUCAACAUGGAGGUCCAUGUCCCUCAUCAUCGCUGUGUGUCAGCGCUCCUUAGCAGGGCAGCUGCCGGGCUGCCCCUCCUUGCUCUGUGCAAACACUCUAAAUUUCACAGGUUUAAUUUUGCUUUGUCAAUAAACUUGCUUUUUUUCUCUGUAGCACUUUGAGAUUGCCACCGUUACGGAUAAUGCAUUUUUUCCGAUUAAAAAAUUAUUUAAAUUACUUUUUUCCAAUAAAAAAGCUGUCAAUUAUCUGUAAGGGAAAUCCUUAUUGUGUUUGUAUAUGGUCGUUUAGUUUAAAUAAAGUUUAUUUAAAAAAAAAACAAUUGGGCAACAUAUUAACUCUCCAGCUCUGCGAUUGGCUAAUCACGCACAGCCACUGCCCCUACUGCCAGCAGGUGUGUCUGUCUCGUGUUUGUGCGCGACGCGAUUCCAAGUUGCGGUACUUCUAAAUGUGUGCUGUCUACUUGCAAAGACGUGGACAAAAUUUGGGAAUCCGUACGUGACUGUGUGGAGGCUACAGCAGCUUGUGGAGCUUGUGGGUACAAUAUACUGGAUCGAAGGGAAGACUACAGGAAAGACUGUGUGAAACUCGCUUUUGUUCUCCUGGGCAUUAUUGGGUUGCAGCGGGGAGACCUGGAGGGGAGGGAAGGAGGGAAGAGAAGGAAGAGAGGAACAUCAAAUUUCUCCUUCCCGCGCUGGAUGUGACCACAUUAAUUAUAGAUCCUCGGGAAGCAGGCGCUAACAUUCAUCGGACAUAUUUUUAGAACAUGAGCAGGCUGAUUCAUUUCUUUAAUCAAGACGACAGGUGUCAGCUCGCUUGAGAAUUAAAAAAAAAAAAAAAGUUGAAAGCUGCUUAAAGUUGUCAGACAUCCAUGACAUUUUGAGGUAGCAAAGGUGCAAAACGUCUAUUUGAGAACAUGUGCCUUCAGGCUAAAGGGCAGGUGAGCGCUGUAUAAAUACUUCAGGCGUCACCAAAGAUGCAGUAUGUCAGUAUUUCUGUCCAUCACUGCUCCCAAAUAUGGACAAUGCUAAUAAAUCAGCACAUGCUGUCUUGUGUGAAUAUUAUUUUUAUUUAUUUUUGCAGAGUAACAAUAACAAUUCUUAUUA